AUGCGCAUUCCAAUCCGCGAGCAGCUGGCCCUCCUCAUCUUGCUGUCGUCGCUCAUUGGCCUGGCAGUGAUAUCCAUCGCAACAUGGAUCUCCAACCACCACUACGUCCUCAGCAUCUGCAAGUCCCGCCUGGCCCUCACGGCGUCUCUCAAGGCCGGCCAGCUGGCGGCCAACCUGGCCUUGAUGCAGACCACCGCGACGUUCAUCAGCACUCGCGUCCUCAUCCAGGCGGCUCUCAACAGGUACAACGAGAAUGGCAACAACACCGCAAACAACUGGGAGGAUGCUUCUGCGGACAUGAUGGCCGCCAUAUCAGCUGGUCAGGGAUUGUUGCUCCAGACUGUCAUCAUGCCGAAAAAUGCCAGCGGUCCAGCCGGGUCGGCGCCUGUACUGAGCACGACAGGUCCGAAUGCGUUGGGCGUCCAGCUUCCAGUGAACUGUCCAAACGGCCAGCCCGCAAUGCUGGGCAUGAAUGCUUCUGAUUGCGGAGGCCAGUCGUUGGGGUAUCCGCCGCAACUCUACCCAGCGCUCACGUACUCGUCCUACGACGAUGACGGCAGAUCUGUCCAGCAAGCGCGGUACGGAGACGUUGUAAUCGGCCCGCAAGCUCAAUCAGCAUUGCUACUGGGCCCGCUUAUUGUGAACGACACCUUCUCCCUGGUCUCCAUCACGCUUCCAGUCAUCAACAAUACCAGUGCAUUUGAUGUCCUUGGCUGGCUGAGUGUCACGAUGGAUGCGCGGCUGAUCGAGCAAGUGCUGGAUUCGGCGGAAGGGCUCGGCUCUACGGGAGAGACUCUUCUGGUCGGACCAGUUGCGAACGAGAACACCUUCGGGAAUGGUAUAACGUACCAGACGAACAACAACAACCCUCCGGAGGACUUCCGAGUAGAGUACGUUUUCCCGUUGAGCCAGGCGUACCACAAGCGACAUCCAGAUCAUACCGUUGGUACGGCCAACGCGCCGUUCCAGGCGAAAGCGUACCCGGCCGUGUAUUCGGCAAUCACCCAUGCGACGGGAAACAUGGACAAUUCCGGAUCCCAGAUUCAAGGAAGCAACGAGGCUGGCAGUAAUGUGGCUUCCGGCUUUGCGACUCCGCAGACACCGAUCGUGGACUGGUUCGUCAUUGUUGAGCAGGCGAAGAGCGAGGUCUGGGCUCCGAUUAAUAGACUACGAGACAUCUUACUCGGCUGCGUAUUUGGUACGGCGGGAUUCAUGGCGCUGCUGGCCUUCCCACUCGCGCACUUUGCAUCUCUACCCAUCAGAAGACUACGAGAAGCCACUGCGAAGACGAUGGAACCUCCUAGCAUGUCACGCAGUCGGAGCAGUUUUGGUUCCUUCGAGUCGUUCGAGCCCGGUCAAGACGGCAUAAUCGAUACCGGCGAUGCGGAAGCGGCGGAGACGACAGUUAUAGCGAGGAAAGAGGGCGCGGGCUCGAGCACCAUGCUGGGCAAUUGGCGGCAGAGGCGGCGCGAAGGCCGGCAAGAGAGGAAAGAGCGGAAACAACGAGAGGCGUUCCGAAUACCGGGGAAGGUCAAGGAGCGGAAGGUGUUUGUCAAGGAUGAGCUGUCGGAUCUGACGAGGACGUUCAACGAGAUGUCGGACGAGCUCAUGAUGCAGUAUUCGCGGCUGGAAGAGCGGGUGCAACAACGGACGGCGGAGCUGGAGCAGAGCAAGAAGGCGGCCGAGGCGGCGAAUGAGAGCAAGACGCUGUUUAUUGCGAAUAUCUCGCAUGAGCUGAAGACGCCGCUGAACGGGAUUUUGGGCAUGACGGCGGUGUGCAUGUCGGAGGACAACAUGGACCGAAUGAAGCGGUCGUUGGGAGUCAUCUACAAGUCUGGUGAUUUGCUGCUGAAUCUCCUGACUGAUCUGUUGACGUUCAGCAAGAACCAGGUCGGACAGCAUCUCAGCCUCGACGAGAAGGAGUUCCGGUUGCGGGAUGUCAGCUCGCAAGUGCUAGCCAUCUUCGACAAGCAGGCUCGGGAAGGGCAAAUCGACCUGCGAGUGGAGUGGGAGGGCGUGCAGAAUACGGCGGGCGACAACUUCUCAUCUCAGAUGACACAGCUGGGUCCAUAUGGAACUGGAAGGUUGAAGGAUAUGAUCCUCUGGGGUGAUCUGCAGCGCAUUCUUCAAGUCGUCAUCAAUUUGGUUUCAAACAGCUUGAAGUUCACACCAGCAGGCGGCUCCGUGGUGUUGACAGUGCGCUGCUUGGCAGAACCCUACGAGCCGUCCAGCAGGAAAAAUUCGUCCGCUUCGAAGCAGUCGAGACAGUCGAGACAGUCGAGGCAGUCGAAGCAAUCCCGACAAGCUUCCUCGAGGAAGCAGAUGUCCGAGACGACUCUGAAUGGUACGAAGACCGAUUUGGGCCACCGAGCUCUGCCGCACGUCUUGCCGAAUUUCUACGAACGGCCGCCGUCGCCACCACCUGGCACCUACCUCUUGUUCCAGUUCGAAGUCACAGACACCGGCCCCGGCAUACCGGACGAGCUUCAGCACAAGAUCUUCGAGCCGUUCGUGCAAGGUGAUCUAGGUCUAAGCAAGAAGUUCGGCGGCACCGGUUUGGGCUUGUCGAUCUGCUCGCAGCUGGCCAGUUUGAUGCGCGGCUCCAUCGGCGUCCGAAGUACCCUCGGCUCCGGCAGCACUUUCACCAUGAAGAUCCCGCUGCGCCAUCUCAAGACUCGCGCCGACAGCUCGGCGAGCUCGAGCGUCGAUAUCCCACAUCAAGGCGAACUGCACCGGCAGGUUUCGUCCGAUAGCAAUGACUGGACGCCAGCACGGCAUAGCAGACAUCUAACGGACGACAGCGCGGAUGCCAAACACGUCGACCCGCCGCCUCCGACACCCACCUUAGGCACCGACUCGCAGCCCCGACUCGUCGGUCUCAGCCAGCCCUUCUUCGCCGCUUCGCAACCUCUGGAAUCCCCCGGCUCGCAGCCCGCAGCAAUGGAGAAGAUGGCCGCGGAAGCCAAGCGCAGCGGCCACCGCAUCCGCGUGCUGGUGGCCGAAGACAACAAGGUCAACCAGGAAGUCGUGCUGCGCAUGCUGAAGCUGGAGGACAUCUACGACGUCACGGUCGCGAAAGACGGGCAGGAGGCGCUGGAUUUCGUCAAAGAGAGCAUGGCGCCUGCUACUACUUCCCCUCCAACAACAUCCAGCGGCGGAGAAGGCGAAGGUCUUGCUGGUGGUGGGGAAGCUGAGGAGAGGAAGAAGCCCUUCAACCUCAUCUUCAUGGACGUGCAGAUGCCGAAUGUGGACGGCUUGCAGAGUACGCGGCUCAUCCGGGAUUUGGGCUAUCAGGCGCCCAUCGUGGCGCUGAGUGCGUUUGCUGAGGAGAGCAAUAUUAAGGAUUGUUUGGAGAGUGGGAUGAAUUAUUUCUUGUCUAAGCCCAUCCGCCGACCCCAGCUGAAGAAGGUGCUGAAGGAGUACUGCUCGCCCAUACCCGAGGAGGACGAGGAGGCGACGCCGCCCGAGGUGGCGAAUUUGGCGGCCGUGGCGGAGAAUGCUACGGUGGUGGUUGUGAAUAAUGGUGGUGGUAGGGGUGGUGGUGGGGAGGGGGAGAAGAAGCCCGAGCAAAGGGUGAACGGGGACGCACAGCAGGGAGGGAGUGAGGAGAUGCCGGCGAGGAAUAUGUCGCAGGAUGAGACGAAAAGGCCUGUUUCGCCUGUUUCGCCUUUGACGAGUGGGUGA